UGACUGAUAAACUAUGCGAAUCCACCCGAAAUGAACAGUCCUGUGUUUUUCGCUAUUUCGUGGUCACGUGCAUGUCCAUAAUUGAAGAUCCACCGCCAGUGAUAAACGAUAAUACCUAUCUUAUACACUUUCGAACAAACAAUCACGGUUCUUCUUUGCAUAUGAAUCGUCAUUUUGACGUUUACAUCGUAAAAAAUAUGGUUUUUGGUCAAGCAUUGGUGAAAUGUUACGUGAUUUUUAACAUUUUAUUACAGGCAAAUUAUGGAAAUGGACACGACUGCGAAACUUUAGCAGGCAACUCUACAGAAAAACUUAGAUGUCGGUUAUUUUCAAAUUACAAUUCAUCUAUCUCUCGGAAAACUACUUCAGAAGAUUACCUUCAAAUACUGGACUUGGAAGUUUUUUAUGCUGAUAUAAAUGUUUCAGGAAUAUUACAGCUGAUUGGAACUGCAAAAUCGAUGUGGAAAGAUGAGCAAUUGACUUGGGAACCAAAUGAAUACAAUGAUACACGGUCUCUAGAUAUUGGGAAUCAUUUCCAUCAAAUAUGGAAACCAGAUUUCAUAUUGAUCAACAAUGCAUUCAUCAAGAAUAAACCUUUACUUGAUUCUGGCGGUGUUACUACAGUAAUGCAUAAUGGAACAGUAACAUUCUGGACAAACUACAUCAGUAUACAAGCAACGUGUCCAGUCAUAGUAAAAAUUAGACCGUGGUACAAUCAUACUUGCCAACUUGAUUUUAAAACCAGUUCACUAAACCCCUUAUUCACCAUUCAUCAUCAAAGUGAAUCUUCACUUCCUAAAAUUGUCAAUAAUUCUGAUAGAUUAAAUUCUGGCAAUGAAUCACCAUGGACUGUCAGCAAAACUGAAAGAGUAAAAUCAAUAGGUGACAACCAUACAUCAUCUGAUUAUGCGAUAUCGAUUCAAGUUGAACUAAAUAGAAACAUUGGUGUUUUCAAAUCUACACGAUGUGUCCCAUUUGCAAGCAGCUAUGAAGUUGAAGUAAAAUGUCAUUUGUUUUCAAAAUCCAAUUUGCUUUUACCUUCACCAACUGCAUUUGUGCAGACGUUCUGGGGCACUUUGGCAACAGUGAUAAUCUCAUACGUCGAUUUGAACAUUGAGGAUGGAACACUUCUGUUGAUUGGAUACAUGAAAAUGAAGUGGGAAGAUGAACGAACGGUUUGGGACCCCAAGAAAUUUGGAGGUGUGUGGCUCCUGGAUAUUGACGACGCUGAUUCAGUAUGGAAGCCAAAUUUGAUAUUUAACAAUAACUUGUUUCAAGAAGACUCUAUGAAUAACAGAUCAUUUGGCACGGAUGACUUGAAGGUACUUUUUAAUAGUGAAUGGCAUUGGAAGUCUGCGAUAAAGAUACUCACAAAAUGCGACGUGAGUUCUAAUGGUUGGCCAUGGGAUCCACAAAAGUGUGAACUUGAUUUCACACUCAAUACACCAGUAGUGGAUUUAUUGUUGUAUUAUCAUAUGGGAUCUAAACAUGAAGUGCCAUCAUUAUGGACAAUAACCAGCUUCCAGCAAGUACGAGAUCUUCUCAAAUUGAAAGUAGAAAUAACUUUGGAAAUGAAUAGCAAUACAAGGCAGGUGGUGUUGCUUUCAACAUUUAUAGCUGUAAGUUUGGUGAUGCUGAUAUCUUUCUUGAUACCUCCGAUGAGUGGAAUGAAACUGACUUCAAAAAUAUCAUCUACUCUGCUUCUGAUACUUUUUCUGCUAAUGAUGAUAAGUUCGAUUCCAAAUUUCAGUAUAAAAGCAUAUAAUUUUGUGAUCGGACUUGUCGUGUUGUUAUUAAUAUUGGGAGUAUCCAGCUGUCUCACCACCAAAUUGGUUCGAUUUGCAAGAAUAACACAUUCAUCACUGGUCGAGCAAGGAGCAAUUUCUGAAGAAAGCAAAUGCGAAAACAGCAAAGUGGAUACAUUGCAGUUGCUACCUAUGACAUCCGCUGAUGACGAAUGCACAUCUGAAGAAUCUCUGUUGAAUAGGAAUGGAAAUAAAUGGUUAAACGUAGCCGUUGUGGUGGAACUUUCAUCAUUUGGGAUCUGUUUGAUUGUUGUUAUAUUUCUUAUCAUGGGUUUAUAACCCUAUUAAAACUGUAUAAUGGCUUUGAAAUAUGUACCUUCUAAACGUCGUUUACAAGACAUAAACUGGAUAAAUACAUGAGUGCAGUUAGCUUUA